AUUCCGAGUUUUCGUAAAAAAUGUCCAAGUCGCCAUAGCAACUAUCAGUCAGCUAUAAACAAAUUGCUGUUUGAAAAUAACCUAAAGUUUGAAAAGUUUGUCAAAUAACAACAAAAAAUGGCCUUGAACCUUGACGGUAAGCGCAAACUGGCCGAAGAAAUGCAAAAGCGUGAUUACGACGAUCAAAUCGAGCGAAAUAAGCUCCACUUGGCCGAAAAGAACAAAUUUCGCAAUUUGGAACGUUGUAUGCACAAUAUACGACGUGAGCGUGAAACGGCCGAUAAAAUUUUAGAGGUGAAACAACGAGAAGCCUUCUCUGAAAAAAGGCUCGAAAAAACCGAGGCUUUGGCUCGAGAAUUAGACAAAAUCAAGCGAAUCGAACUUAGAGACUUGAAAUUAAGGCAAAGUUUGAGGGAGAAUUGUCAUGAGUUGAGGGAGUUAGAGUCCAAAUUGAGGACGGCUUAUGUUAGUAAGGAGUUGGCCACGCAGUUGGCCGAGAAAAAUGCCAGGAAGUUGGAGGAUAAGUUGAGACAGCAGGAAGAGUACAGAAAACUGCAAGAAUCGCUCGUGACCAUCGACGAGAUGAAUCAAGUCGCCGCUGAGGAAGAACUCAAGAAAAAAGCUCAAUACCGCCAGGAAUUACAAGACCAAAUGAUAAUCAACGAAAAACGCCGAAGAUAUUUAUAUGACGAAUUUCUUCGUGAGAAGAAAAUGAUCGAUGACAUUGUCCAACGAAUCUAUGCUGAAGAUGAGCGCGAACGGCAGGAAAAAAUGUGCAAAAUGCAGAAAACCAAAGAAGAAAUGGACGCGUUCAAAAAAGCGCAACAAAUCUGGCGCAACAAAGAAAAGGAAGAAAUUGAUAAAGAAAACCAAAGGAUUCAGGAAUUCAUCACGAAUAAAGCACUGGAAAUGCAAUCAAGGGAACAGAAGAAGAAUGAAUUGGAGGCAAUUAAAGCGAAAUUGACUGAAAAUAUCGCCAAACAGAUGUAUGAAGUUGAGAUGCGUCGUAAGGAGCGAGAGGAGAUUAUGCAAGAAUUAUACGAGGAGGAGCAAAAACAAGCGAUAGAGCAGCGUCACAAGGCCAACUUGGAGAAAGAACUGAGGCAGAGGAUUGAAGUUAGGGAGUCAUUGAGGGAUCAGAUGCUCCAAAGGGAGGAGAAAUUGAGGGAGGAGGCGGCCGCAGAUGCCAAAUACAAGGAGGAGCUUUUGGCCAAAAUGGCAGAGGAUCAGAGGUUGGAGCAGCUGAGCAAUGAGAAGCGCCGCUUGAAGAUGUUGGAGUGUCGGAGGGAGAUUGAGAGGAUGAUGGAGGAGAGGAGGCAGAGGCAUGCGGAGGAGAUGCAAGUUUUGAUGAAGUUGAAGGAACAGGAGGAGAUGGAGGCGGAGGAAAGGAGGAGGAUCAUUGAGGAGGAGAGGUUGAGGAUGUUGAAGGAACAUGCCAAGAAUUUGAUUGGGUAUUUGCCCAAAGGGGUGCUAAGGCCAGAUGAUUUGACACAUCUGUGAAAUAAAAUUUUUCUAAUUUUUCACAAAAAUCUGACGCUUUUUAAGUUUUUUGAAGCUUUUUUCAAGUACUUGUGAUGUUUUGAAAGAGAAAAAAAAUAUUUGAGCGUAGGAAAAAAAUUUAAAAAUUAAGAUUUACACUUAAAAAUAAAAAUUUUUAAGCUACUUUAUUGUAAUAAGAAAAAAGCAAGAAUUAACAAGUAAUAAUGCUGUUUUUUUGGCAUUAUCCGUAAAAAAACCCAUGUUUAUAUUUACUUAAUUCAAUAAAAAUAAGGUCACGGCACACUAGACUAAGACUGAAUCAUUGAUUAGAAGCCAUCGACUUCAUGGUUAUGAUAAAAAUUCUUGCUGAGUGAUAACAUGACUUGCUGUUUCUACAAAAUAACUAGGAACAUACAAUUUAAUGAUAACUUUCAUCAAAUAAUUGCAUAUGAUUAGUAAUUGAACAAACUGACGUCACAAUCACGUCGGCUGUGGAAAUUUGACAAAUCGAAUGCCAAUUUGUAUUUUUCUAUGAUUUUUAAUAAAUAAUAUUAAUAAUAAUAA